AUGUCCGCCCCCUACCCCGGCCGCCAAUCUCCCGAUCCGGAGAACCAGUCUGGCGCCCAGCUGAACGACACUCCCGGCACUGGCAAGACAUCUCUGGGCAGCCAUCCCUCAGCCGAGGAUGCGAAGAAGUCGGCUGAUGACUUCAAGUUCCAUGGUCUGACAAGUAACCCGGAGCCUUUGCUGGAAAAGAUUGAGGCGGCGAAGUACGCCAAGGGGAAACAUGAUUAA